AUGGCUAUCUUAGGCAAGCGCAAGCCUGAGCCUGAGCCUCUAAUAUCCCAAGAAGAUGCUGCAGCCAUUUUCAGACGACAUUUCGAGGCGGAAUUUGCGCCCUUGCCAGAGGCAGAAGCCGCUAAAUCGAAAUUCAAGAAGGCGAACCAUGAGGGAAGCAGCAACGACAUCGAGAGCGAGGAAGAUGAGGAUAACAACAGUGACGGGGACGACGGCGAAUGGAGUGGCCUCUCCGACGAGGACUCUGUCACAGAGGAAGAACAUAGUCCAACAAUACAGGUCGUAGACCAUUCGAACAAGCAACCGCCGAAACAAGCGGCAAUGUCAAAACGAGAGCUCAAAGCUUUCAUGUCAUCACGACCUCCAGAGCAAACAACACCCAAAACCGAGCAGUCUCUAUCAGCGACUUCAUCCCCCUCAAACACCCUCCCCGAGGACGCACCCUCCCUUUUAGCCCAAGACCUUGAACUCCGACGACUCCUUGCAGAAUCGCAUCUUCUCGCGCCGGCCAUUUCAGCAUCGGGUACCACUAUUGCACCAAAGGCUUUUGCUACAGGCCGCACUCGUCAAAAGGCUACGGACUUGCGCGUCCAGGCUCUAGGAUCCAAAGUGUCGAUUCACAAGCAAGAAAAGAUGCCCAUGAACAUGCGCAAGGGUAUUGUUGCUGCAGCAGACGCGCGAGAAGCAAAGCGCCGGAGAGAAGCCAAGGAGAAUGGAGUGAUCCUCGAACGAGAGACUGGUAAGAAGAAGGGGCGUAGAGAUAGGGGAAGGGAUGUUCCUGUCGACCGACCGGGAGUUGGUAGACUCAAGGGGGCAGAACUACGCCUGAGCGACAAGGAUAUCAAGAGCAUAGAAGGGGGCAGAGAUGCGUUUGGUAGAAGAAGCCGGCGUUAG